UUGUGUCAAACGCUUAUCGAUCUUCUACACCUCGUCUUAACUUCACGUGAUAUAUUUUGAUACACUGACAUUUUUAACUCUUCAUUCGUUUAUCUUUUAUCGUCUUCCAUAUUUUUAAUUAUUCUAGUUGUAAGGUUUGUAGUUUAAUUUAUUAUUUGUAAAAAUGUCAACUCCAUGGGCGAAAAUUCAGCCAGUAGAAGGCCCUAUCAAUUUAUUGGAAAUUACUUCAGAACAACUUGCAAAAAGUUUACAAGAAAAAGAAUUAAAAAAGCAUCAAAUUGAAAGAGUAGAUGAUGCAAAUAUCGAGAAUUGUGCAAUAUGUGAAAGUAAUGAUACAGAUAAUGACGAAGUAAUUGCACAUAUGAUGCAAGAUCAGUUUAACAAAGAAUAUGAUCUAAUGCUAAAACGCACAGAGGAAAAAUUCAAUCGUGAUUCCAAAGUCAAUAUAACUUAUAUGAAUUACCGAACUUCUCUUUGUGAGGACCAAGAUGAAAAAGAUUCAGACAUUGAAGAUACAACCAGAGAUUUUGAUAGAUUUGUGAGUAUAGAAAAGGAAUAUGCUUCUAUACCACGUUGUGGAUAUAGAAAAAUGGGUGGUAAAGGCUCCCAAAUUGUUACAAAACAUGAUAUGUUAAUGUCUUCAAGAAUAAAUGCUUGCAGAGUUUUACAAUUUCCACCAGGUAUUGAUACAGGAGACACAGGAGGAUUUGAUGUCAAACUAAAUAAUAAAGUGUUCAACAGUUUAAGAGCUCAUAGUCAUGCUCAGUGUUCCAGACAGAAAGCAAAAACACGACUACAUACAAAAUAAAAUAAUCAAAUAUCUUGUAAGUGUAAAUACAUUAUGAUAAUAUGUUUGAAUUUAAAUUUAUGACACUUUAUUAUUAUAUUACUUAAUAGGCUUUUCCUUCUUAUAUGUAAAUGCAAACUACUCAAUUAUAUUAAAACAAGAUUGAUUUUAGAGCUAUUAAAAUAUAAUUAUUUUUGACAUUAAACAUUUGUUGAAUGUUGUAAUGAUAUUAACAUUAUUAUAUUGUAAUAUAAAGACACAAAGAACUAAAUAAAUGAAUCUUAUUAA